AUGGCUAUCGAGGAUCAAGAGAACACAAUCCGUGAAAUCAAGCCUAAGAGCAGAAGAAUCAUGGGAGCUGGUGGACCGGAGGAGGAAGAUAACCGGAUGCCGCCGUGGCUGAAACCUCUGCUCAAAGAGAAGUUCUUUGCUCACUGCAAGUUUCAUGGAGACUCUCAUAAGAGUGAAUGCAAUAUGUAUUGCUUAGACUGCACCAACGGUCCUCUUUGCUCUCUCUGUCUCGCCCAUCACAAGGAUCAUCGCACCAUUCAGAUAAGGAGAUCUUCUUAUCAUGAUGUGAUAAGAGUGAAUGAGAUACAAAAGUAUCUUGACAUAACCGGAGUCCAAACAUAUGUGAUCAAUAGUGCUAAAGUGGUCUUCUUGAAUGAGAGACCUCAGCCUAGGCCAGGGAAAGGCGUAACCAAUACCUGCAAGGUUUGCUAUCGUAGCCUCGUCGAUGAUAGCUUCCGCUUCUGCUCUCUCGGCUGCAAGAUUGCUGGAUCAUCAAGAGGUAUUGAAAAGGGAAGGAAGAGCCUUGUGAUGGAAUCAGAGGAUUCAAGUAGCAGCAUUGGAAUUGGGAAGAGCAUUUCAAGUCUCCAGAGUUUCAGCCCAUCAACGCCUCCACUUACUACAUCUAGCAACUGCAGAAUCGCAAAGCGGAGAAAGGGAAUUCCUCACCGAUCUCCGAUGGGAUAA